AUGAUCUCCUCUCAAGUAUUGACAUCAAUUGCUGCUCAUGCAAAGCUUAUUGCUGUGGGUACACAAAUGGGCUACAUUUGGAUAAUGGAUCACUUCGGUCACGUCGAUAAUCAGAACGUUCCGGUGAUGCGACCACAUCGAAGUGCAGUCACUAGGUUAGCCAUAGAUGAACCGGGAAAUUAUGUGAUUAGUUGUGCCAACGAUGGACGGGUAGCCAUAUCUGGAAUUGGAUGUAACAAUCUCAACCACGUUGUAACUCUGUCUGUGAUGCCGCGUUCAAUUGCUAUAAGUCCAUCAUUCUCUCUGUCAACUUCCACGCCAAUGUUCGCAAUUGGUGAGAGGAACUUCGUCCUUUAUGAGAAGAAAUUUUUUCAAAACUACAAAGAACUGGUGAGUUGCUUCUAUGAACUGAACUUCGUAUUCUUGGCCCCAAAGGGCUGGCGCCGAUUUGAUCAUUUCUGGGCCUGUGAAGAGCAGGCUCCUACGAUUUUUCGUGGAGGAGAACAAGACGGUUUCAUUACUCAGUGCACCUGGCGACAAUUCAUCUUAAUACGGUUUACUUGUGAUAAAGGAACAAGGGUUUUUGAUAGAUUAUCGUUUCGAUUGAUUUCUCUUAUACCUCCUUCCCAUGAUGUGGACCGUAUGCGCUCAUCUCGAUUUCCUCCAUCACAUUGUUGGCUCAGUGAUAAUCAGCUUGCGAUUGCAUGGGCUGAUACAGUCACGAUAGUCAUGAUAGUAUCCACAGAGGGAUCGCUUGUCAGACAAGCCGAAAUUCACUUCACAUGGCACAUCGAUAUGUUCUGUUCGGGAGUUUCCUACCUAGCUGACUCUGCUGGCGACUGGAAAGAAAUCGUUGUAUUUGGAUUAAAGAACGGACUCAGCUAA